CAUACAAUUUAAAAAUUGUAGAAUUUAUUUUUUAUCAAUAUUUAUAUUUGUAUUUUUUAAAUGCUAAUGAAUUAGGUCGACAUUAAUAGAUUUUAGACAAAAUGUCGCAGGCAUACGGGCAGCUUAUUGCAUUUGACGAGCGUGAAUUCCAACGAUUACCAGCUAAAAAGAAACCAGUCUUCGUGUAUGGGUGGUUAAAAAACUUUCAGGACAGUUUUAUAGGUGUUGUAAAGAAGGCUGAUCUCAAAGCAAGCCAGAAAGACUUAGUCAGUGGAUUGACCAAGCAUUUGUAUGGUGAUUGUGGUCCACCAACACGACAGUUGCUUGGACAAUGUUUUGCACAGCUUUACCUCAGUGGUGAUCAGUUUAGUGCAUUUGAUACAGUCAAUACCUGUUCUGAUAUUAUCAAGGGAAAAGAUGAUGUUAACCUGUCUGUGAAAUUGGCAGCCAUGGCUACUGUUGGAACAAUCUUUGAAAAACUAGGAAGAAUGGUUGGUGGCUCAGCUCCAGAGACAUUGCAGAUACUUAUAAAGGCAAUGAAAAAUUCUGAGUCUCAAGGACGAUGUGAAAUUCUUCUGUGUUGUCAAAGGAUUCUCAGUGGUCUAGGUUCAGCAGCGUCAUCUUGUCACAAGGAUAUUUUCAAGUCAAUCAGAACUGCUCUAGUCGACCGCUCAAUGGCAGUACGAUGUGCUGCAGCUGAGUGCACCAAAGAGUUAAUAAAACAUGCAAGCUUCACAUAUACCACUGAACUGGAAACCCUGUUCUCUGUCUGCCUGAAGUCUCUGGAAGGUUCUAAUUAUGAUGUCAGAGUAUGUGUCUCCAGUCUCCUUGGCAAGCUCAUGGCCGCCACUCAACGUCCUCCAGAUGGUUCAACCCCCCCUGCGAACAGCAAAGCGAAGAAGAUUAGCAUGGAUGAGAUGUUUGACUUGAUGUCUUCUGGAUUCUUACGAGGAGGGAUUGGUUUCAGCGGUGAACUGUUGAAGACAGGAAUGCCUCAAGAGGUCCGGGUUGGAGUUACUCAGGGUUAUGUUGUUCUUUUCAACGAGAUGGGUGGAACUUGGGUGGAGAAGAACGUGGGCUACAUCCUCGGGCAAGUCCUUGACCUGUUGUCAAACUCAAAAGCAACUCAAAGCCAUGUUGAUGCGGUGUACUCCAGGAAGUGCGUGUCGUUCAUCUUACGGUCAAUGUUAGGACGGUUACUCGGUGAAAAAGCCCAAGUUAUUGCAGGAAAAGAGUUGUGUAAACUUGUCUCAAAACAAAUGACAAAGGUGAAACAAAUGGUGCAGACCCGUGAAUCAUCAACGACGGAGAUCAAUGAAUCAGUGUUAGGAACACAGCACACGAUCAUCUGUGCUUUGCAAGAACUGGCUUGUCUCGUUCAAGAUCUCGCUACAGCUGCUGGAUCGUUGGUCAACGAAAAAACCAUCGAGGUCGUCCUUUCUGUGCAGGUUCAUUCUGCUCCAGCUGUUCGUUUGAGUGCAGCGUGGUCUCUGCGAACCAUUUGUGUUGCAAUCCCAUCACAUCUUUCACCGAUGAUUGACCGAUGUCUAGCCGAGCUUGAGACGUCGUCGGCUCUCGAGACGGUGUCGGGAUUCGCAUACACACUUUGUGCGUUGAUCGGUGGGGUGAGAAUGUGUCCGCUUGGUAUACCACACAAGAAAGGCAAGUUGGUAUUUAGCGUGGCAGAGGAUAUGUUGAAACGAACAACGGAGGAGUCGAAGUGGGCGAUGGUGCGAGCGAAAUGCGGUUGGAUGAUUAUGGGAGCCUUGAUGACUUUGGGCCCUUCGACCGUGCGUCAUUUCCUUCCGAAGAUGCUUGGUCUGUGGGCGAGUGCGUUCCCGCCAACUCCAGAUGAAGCUGAGUCAGAGAAAAGCAAAGGAGAUCCAUAUACGUGGCAAGUCACACUGGAGUGUAGAUCUGGCGCCCUGGCAGCACUGUCGAGUUUUAUAAAACAUUGUCCUGCUUUACUUUCUGAUGACAUCAUUCGUCGUGUGAUGAUUCCUCUUGAGUCAUGUGUUGCCAUGACAGCUCAUUUACCAGCCAUCAUCAGAGCGCAUGGAAAUCAUCUCAAAGUCAGCGCUGCUAUGAUCAGACUGAGACUGUAUGAGGCGUUCAAACUUUUACCACCCAAGUCAUAUGAAGGUCUUUACAACGCCAUCAUCCGGGAACUUGUCUCUGAAUUCACUCUGACGUCGAACCAAUCAAUGACGACAACGUCACUGCUGCGAACAAUGUGUCACAAGGAUGACAGUAUAUUGCUGGGGACAUGGUUACAAGAAACAGACCAUAAAUCAGUGGAGGAUCAACUUCAGCCAAACAGUGCGUCUGGAUCAGGGGCACUGGAGCAUGAUUACUCAUGUUUGUUUGCAUAUAAUGAGAAGUGUUUAGAGCCUCCUGGCCCUCUUCCCCUUGGCGUGGCCGUCAUCGAUGCAUCAAUCAAAUUAUUUGGUCAAGUCUUUCCACAUAUCGCCCAGAAACAUCGCAACCAACUGCUCAGUCAUUUUGCCACCUGUAUUAAGAAUGCUAAAGCUGGCAAAGCUCAGGCUAUUACGAUGAAUAUUUUUACAGCAUUUCUGAGUGCACUGAGGUCAAUGGGAGAAGCAAAGUCGGCUUUUGGUGACAGAGAUGUGCGGUCUACUGCUGAUAAUCUUGUUAUGAGUGCCUUGAAUAACUCGGAUCCGAUUUUGAGAUGCGCGGCAGCCGAGGCCUUGGGACGAAUGGCGCAGGUCGUGGAUGAGCCGGCGUACGUGGCACAGAUCGCCCAAAGUAUUUUCGCCAAGAUUCAGGGAUCCCGCGAUGCUGUAUCUCGUACAGGUCACUCUAUCGCGUUGGGAUGUCUUCAUCGUUAUGUCGGUGGAAUGGGUGCAGGUCAACACACACAGACUAGUGUUAGUAUCUUGCUAGCCUUGGCUCAGGAUAUGUCUUCUUCCAUUGUUCAGGUUUGGGCUCUGCAUGCCUUGGCAUUGAUAGCAGACUGCGGUGGACCAAUGUUCAGAAGUUACGUUGAACCAACGUUGGAGCAAGUUCUCUCCCUGCUGUUGUCAGUCUCGCCUUCGAACACGGAGAUUCAUCAGUGUCUUGGCAAGUGUUUAGCUGCAAUGAUCACCAGCAUCGGCCCUGAACUACAAGAUACAUCAACUUCAAUCAAAGAUCUUCGUUCGGCAUGCUUGGUCGCCGCUUCAGUCAUGCAGAAUCAUCCUGACUCGAUUGUCCAAUCAGAGGCCAUCUCCUGUCUUCAGCAGCUGCAUAUUUUCGCGCCAAGACAUGUCAACCUCUCAACAUUGGUUCCAAGUCUCUGCACGAACCUCUCCAGUGCUCAUCUCAUCCUACGUCGGGCGGCCGUCGCAUGUCUUCGUCAACUGUCGCAACGUGAAGCGAAGGACGUUUGUGAGCAUGCGCUGGCGUGUAAGACUGAUCCUGAGCAAUCCAAGUCAACGUACCUGGUAACGAUUGGGAAUGACGGUUUAGAAGGAGCGUUAUUUGGGAUGCUGGAUACGGAAGUUGAUCGUGGCCUGAGAUCGGAUAUUCAAGAUUGUCUCAACAGUAUGCUGCAAACUUUGGCUCCAGAUGACCUCACUCAUUGGCUUGGCUUGUGUAGAAACGUGCUAUCCGCGGCGAAGGCUGAGGACGAGAGUAAAGCUGGGAAAUCUGGCGAAGACGAGGAUGAUGAAAGUGGAGGGAUGGGUGCGUUUAAUAAAGUGGAAGAGACUCAUCCAACGGUCGCACCAAGAUGGCCGACCCGUGUGUUUGCAUCAGAAAGUGUGCAAAAGAUUAUGAAUGUUUGUGAACAGCAGAGAGCACAUUUUGAUCUUGCUUUGGCGCGAGAAUUAAAGAAAGACACUGGAAAAGGUGAUUAUCUUGUGACGCAUUUAUCCGAGUUGGUUCGUUUAGCGUUCAUCGCAGGGACAGCGACGUCUGAUCAACUCAAAUUAGAAGGACUGAAAAAACUCCAGGAAAUUGUGAAAAUGUUCUCCACAGUCCAAGAUCCUGAUUAUGCAGGUCACGUGAUUCUGGAACAAUUUCAGGCGCAGGUUGGGGCCGCCCUAAGACCCGCCUUUGCCGUCGAUACACCCGCAGAUGUCACAGCUAUGGCAUGUGAGGUCUGCAGUACGUGGAUUGCCAGCGGUGUUUCGUAUGAUCUCAAUGACGUCAGACGUAUACAACAGCUAUUAGUGACGUCAUUGUCUAAAUUUGGAACGGAACAAGACUCGUCUUCUCAACUGUACAAUGAAAGUGCAAACACGAUGGAGAAACUCGCUGUGCUAAAAGCCUGGGCUCAGGUAUACAUCGUUGCAAUGAGACAACAGAACUCACAGAAGCCCUCCUCAAAAUCAUCCAAUGCUGAAGACGAUCCAGGUGAAAUACAAGAGCCACUGAUCUCGUUGGUGUCCUCUCAUAUCCAAGAUCUCAGCCAUUAUUGGCUGGGAGCUGUCAAAGACUAUGGCUAUAUUUCACUGCCUGCGGAAUACGCUUCUCAGCUCCCUCCAAGUGGCGGCAUGUUUUAUGGUCCAGAAUCAAUGAACGAAUCGAAAGUUCAUUAUGAAAAAGCAUGGCCUCCAAUCCUUCACGCUGCUGCGCUGUGGCUCAACGCCGGGGGAUUUGAAAACGCCGCAAAAGAAGCCGAGGAUAUAUCCAAGGGUAAUCUUCCUAACACGAUCAUAAAUGUCCCUCGGACGCCGAAAUCUCCAGAAGAUUUGAACACUGAACGUUUCCACCUGGUUCUUGGAUUGUGCGUGAAAGCAUUGUGUUCAACACGUCUUACGUAUUCUCCUGAAACAGUGACGUCAUGUGUUAAUGCGGUUAACUGCUUACUUGAAGCACCCUGGGCUCGCGAAUGCAUUGGUAACGACAGUAUGUUAUCUGUCGAACUUCUCAACGUUCUUCACCGGCUGUUGUUGACGCGAGACUCUCUCGCAAAUCACGUGGUGAUAAUGAGCACUGUCUCGCGUGUCGUUCACGGUACUCGCGACGUCCUCGCACGAAAAAGAACGGAGGGCGGUAGUGCAGACCUGGGAGAGAAUGAGAUAGAGCCGGGCAAAUCUGUCGUGUUUGGUGCCAUGGAAACGUGCAUGUGUUUGCUCUCUCGGUACUUCCCGUCGAUUCUCGCUGAGUCGGAAAAGCCAAGUCCUAGACUAUCUGUGCACUGUAAAGGAUCUUCAAAUGAGUUCAGUCAAAUUCUCUCAAAUACCGUCUUGAUAUUAUCCAUGGUCCCAGAUCUCUGCACUUUACCAGCUAUCUGUAAUAUUCUACCAAUCAUAUUGCGUCUGAUCACGUGUGUGUUUGACGAAGCCGCGGCGUGCGAGGUACCGCUGCUCGAAACCAGCAACCAGAACGUGGACGCACCUAAAAUGCCCGACGUAGUUUCAUCAACGCUCAAGGCGCUAAAGGAACUCGUGGGUUCACAACGUUUGGCGCAAAGUGAAUAUUCAAAAGAUUUUAUCAGAUAUUUUCAAAGUUGUUUACUGACGAUGAUAACGCAAGCAAAAGAGCAGAAGCCUUCACGCAGAAUGGAUGAACGUAGCGUCAUGGCUUCGAUACUAUUGUUCGUCAUCGCUGCCCCUCCUGAAGCGACGGCUGUUGCGAGCUUACACGAGGAUUGUGUGAAUAUCUUUAUACGUUGUUUGAAUUCGACAAAUGCUGAUGUGCAGGUAAAAGCAAUCGAGACGUGUUUCACGAUGUUUAGUUCAGCCGACUUGAGUCGUGUUGUGGGUUAUAUUCACUCAGUUGGUCCGCAUAUUGUUGCCGUUGUUCAACAAGCUGCUAAAACUCCGCCUUCAUCAGAGGGAAAGUUGAUUGCUGUUCAAAAAGCCAUUGAUACCAUCGAAUUGCUUGUUGGACUUGCAGAAGAAGAUAGACGCACUGAGCUGUUAUCUAUAUAUCUACCGCUUCUUGUUGACCUUCUAUUGGAUUCUUCGGUGCUGCCCGGCGCCACGAAAAUAUCCCGAAGACAACACGAGCAUGCGUUUCAAAAACUGCUCAGUAUUGGUCCUAAAUAUCCUGUUCCGUUUAAAACGAUAAUGUCCGGGUCGCCGGAUAUGAGAAGGCGCUUGGAAAAUGCGGUGAGAUCAAAUCAAGCUAAAACAACAGCAAAAACAACCAUUCAGCCUAAACAAUCCAGUAGUCAGCCUAAAAUUAAGUUAAAAAUGGACUUUAGUAAUUUCAAAUAAGUUACCGUCGAUGAGAGAUAGAGAGAGAGAAAGAGAGGUAUGGACGUUCGUAAAAUAUACUAGAAUAUAUAUUAAAUUUUAACUAAGAAAGUAAAAUAUUAGUUUAGCCGGUUGCAAGAAUGCAACUAGAAAUAAUUGAGAAUUAGGAUUCAAAUAUGUUAUCACUGGUAGGACAAAUUUGAACAAGACAUGCUAGAACUCUUAGUAAUGAUUAUGUUGUUAUGAUUAAACCAGUGCCGGAAUACUUUCGACUGGGAAAAUGGGAAGGUUUUCCCCAAGAUAUUUCAAAUAGUUAGAAUUGUGUUUAAUGAAAUUUUAUUGAUUAGCUUUUUUUUAUUUAAUCUUUUAACGAUAAUGAUGAGCCGAUCGAUGCUGAGAAAACUGACGGAAUUCACAAGUGAUCAAAUGGUUCAUUUUCAUGACCUAAAAAGGCCAAAUUUUUGAGCUGUUUUGUUUAAUACCAUUUCAAAUCUAAAAAGUGAUCCCACGUGAUAUUAGGUCACCUUCAUAUUCACACCUUGUCAUCUUGUCGCAGUUGGUUCUCUAAUCAGCGUUAAUCGCGA